CCCGCUUUUUUUUUUUUUUUCCACGCAGGACCGCAGCGCUCUCGUGUCGCUUUGUAGGUCGACCGACGUCCGGACGGACGCCGAACGAACCCGCCGAGGAGCCGGACGGGGCUUCGCGCGGCGCCGGCGGCGCUUGGAGGUGUCGCGGGGCGGGCGUUGCGCCGUGGGUUGUCGGGCGCUGCGGAGUCCGUCGCGGAGCGUCGCAUGAUUAAAAAUGAACGCGUGUCAUUGAGAGCGUGGCAACGCGAGAAGGGCUAAAUGGGUUAAGCACUGAAGACAUGUCCUGUAAAUGAGGCUGCGGCACUUUUAACAAAAGAAUAAAUAAAUCUAAUAUUCGUUUUUGUUUUCUGACUGUGGUGCGUUCGCGGCACUGCUGGCUGUGUGUGCCUUUCAGCUUCCCUUAGGUAUGAUUUCAGGAUUUUGUCACCCGAUGCUCUCUGACUGGCGUCGGGUGUAACCCAUUAGAAGAAGGCUUUAAUUGAAGGCUCUUACAGCCAAUAACAAUGCAGAAUGAGAAAGUGUGGGCGGGCCUUUUGCGAGACGCUCCACUGGAGAGACAAUGACGGGAUAAUUGACUCCAACUAUGUUGGCAGCCUCAGCGGUGGUUCAACACUGCAGACAUCACGGUGUCUCACCAGAGCAACCUCCUGAAGCAGCUCAACCAGCAGCGGCGCCAGGAGCUCUUCUGUGACUGCAGCGUGCUGGUGGAGGGCCAGCUCUUCAGGGCCCAUCGCAACGUGCUGUUCGCCAGCAGCGGCUACUUCCGCAUGCUGCUGUCCCAGGGCCCCAACGGUCUGUCCGACCCCGUCAACGCGACCUUCGACGUCUUCAGCCCGGAGACCUUCACCGUCAUCCUGGAUUUCAUCUACUCCGGCCAGCUGGACCUUUCCAGCCACAACGUGAUAGAGGUCAUGUCGGCGGCCAGCUACUUGCAGAUGAACAAUGUCAUCAGCUACUGCAAGAAUUUCAUCAAAUCGUCGCUGGACAUCAGCGUGAAGGACGAAGACAGCGACCGAUGUCUCAGCAUGUCCGAGACGUGCAGCUUCACCAGUGGAGCAGGAGAAGAAUCCUCAGAACAGCAGCAGCAGCAGCAAGGCCCCUGUUCCAUCAGUCCACCACCCGCACUGUGGACCAGGGACAACUCCAGAUCCCAGUCUGGCUUCAUAGGGAAGGACCCAGACCUGGAUAGUUCUGCCUCAGCCCUGACUAACCCAAACAGCCCCGUUAACGACCUUAACGUGGAGGCAGAGGACCUACAGGACCCUCACGACCCCCUUUACACCUUGCCUGGGGCCGAGCGCCGGAGAGGGAAAGGGGGAGGCAAGAGGAGAGCGCCUAACAGCACGCGCUCCAGUCAGCACGAGGACUUGGACAUGCAGGAGGCGAGAGCACAAAAGGCUGAGAAGGCAGAGGAGCUCUACGCCACCCUGCCCCAGAUUGUUGGUGUUAUUGGAAACUUUAAUAAAGACUCCAACCCAAUAAUGCGCUUCAAAUGCCCCUUUUGCACCCACACAGUGAAGAGGAAAGCAGACCUGAAGCGUCAUCUGCGCUGUCACACUGGGGAGAGGCCUUACCCCUGUCAGGCCUGCAAUAAACGCUUCACCCGCCUGGAGCAUCUUCGUAGCCAUUUUGAGACAAUCCAUCAAGCCAGGAAGCUCGUGUGCAGGAAGUGUAAGUGCCAGGUCACAGAGGAGACGGGGCACGUCGUGUGCGAGGGCACGCGGCGCUACCGGAUGUGCACGACGUGCAUCCAGGAGGUGGGCUGCGACAACAUCCCCAUGGACAGUCUGGAGGGGCCAAACGAGGAGUCGGCUCUACUGCUGGGCGUGGACGGGGAGGAGGAGGGGGACAGCAAGAGGAGCUGGAUCUUAAAUGACGAUGAUGACCUGGCCGAAGACUCGGGGGCUGACCUCAUCAUCCAGCAAGUGGAUGACAGCGAUGAGGAGCUGCAGUGAAAUGGAACCAAAGUGUGUGUGUGUGUGUGUGUGUGUGUGUGUGUGUGUGUGUGUGUGUGUGUGUGUGUGUGAGUGCGUGCAUGUGAUGAAGCCAUGCACCAAGCAAAUAUAUGCAUAAAUUAUGUGACCCACUGAUGUAAAUACACACAAUUAUGAAAUAUAAAUUAUUCUUUAGUUAUUGCAACUAGUUAGUUUUUUUUGUUGACCUUUGUGACCAAAUGGAAUGCAUUUUGUUAAACUAUGAAUAAGCAGUAUCCAAAGCAUGUAUGUUUCAGUUGUACUUAUAGUUACAUAAAGUUACUCUUUCAAUGUCAAAUUUUGACAUUUAUCUGCUCAGAUAAGUAGUUGGACUUAAGCCAAGAGCAUUUUUAUUUUCAUUUUGAUUGCGGUGGUUUAUAUGACUAUGUUUAUGAUAUGCACUAUGAUAGACUGCGGAAUAUCAUUUAUUUGUUUUUGAUUUUUUUUUACUGUUUUACACAUUAAAUUUAUUUUUAUA